AUGAAUGGGAGCAAAUCGCCAGACGCGCCGAAACCUGAGGCUGGGGAUACGGGAUCUCUCAAUGGCCAUCCUGGCGACAAUGCGAGCGGGAAACGUACAAAGUCUUCGCCCACUCGAUCUCAGAGGAACACUGAUGGGAAGGACGUCUCCCCUGAAGUCGCACCCUCGAAGCCGCGCGACGGCGCCUCAGUUGCUACAGGGGAUGACAAUAGCGCAGAUUCGGAGGCAGAAACGUUGAUUGACAGUCCAGUGAAGAAGGAGGUCGAGAAACAGGGUCACACCAUCAGAGCUGAGAGACCACCGAAGCAUCGGAUAGGCAGCUUACCAGUUCCGACUGAUAUUGAUGAUGAGAAUGAUUCGGCCGCUGUGUCUCCAGCGCCCAGCACCAGGAUCAGCGUAGACAAAGCAACACCGGGCGAUGAUAAAAGGGACGAUGAUGCGGAGCACGCCGAUGUGGGUAGCAACGAGGAUGAUGAUAGCGAUGCGCUGAGCUCAGCGCGCUCACAUGCUUCAAAUGCACCUUCGCGAGGUUCCUCGUUGUCGCGGGCGGCUUCAGAACGGCCGGAGUUUGCCCGCGACGGGCUGCAGUCACCGAAUCCACGGAAGCGAAAACACCGUGCUUCUUCGGUCAGUCUCCCUAACAAGCGUCCAAGUUUCGAUGGUUCUAAACGGCGACUUCGUGGCCUGCAUUCCGAGGAAGUGCUUGGAAGAAACGAGCACUCACCGUCGCCCAAAUUGCGUAGCCAUCGGCGCGCUGUCUCUACGCAGUCUGCAUUCAUGGAUGGUCCAGGAGACCUUCCAAGCAACAAACGGAGAGCCGCGACGCACGGUCCAUCCAAAGAUUCGAAGACGUCAAAAACCACCUGGGAGGAGUCUGAUGCUUCCUCCGAGACGACUUCUCACGGCCAACCAGAGCAUCGCAGGCCCCGUAGAGGAAUCGGCCGAUCCACAUCCACUCCGGGAAGGCCAAAUGGACGAGAGAUCAAGCGACAUGUGAACAAAUAUGGCUUCACCAAAUUUGCAGAGGCUUGUGAAGCUGGCGACCUGGAACUUGUCAAAGCAUGGCGCGCUAGAGAUCCUGAGAUUUUAGAGGUUGCUGAAUUUGCGGGCAACAAACCAUUGCAGAUUGCUGCUCUCAACGGUAAUGUGGAGGUCGUCGAUUAUCUGAUCGAUCAGGGUUGUCAAAUCGAUUGUGCCAACGUGGACAAAGACACGCCUCUCAUCGACGCCGCUGAGAAUGGACAUCUGGAUGUGGUGAACAGCCUGCUCAAGGCAGGCGUAGAUCCUCUCCGACAGAAUUACAAAGGGCAGCAGGCCCUGGACGUGGUAACAGAUGAUACCGACGAUGCUGAGGAGAUUCGGGCUGCUUUGCGAAAGGCUAUAGGAGAAUGGAACAGUAGUGGCGCGAAGCAGAGACGUGAGGAAGAAGAGGAGAGCCGCCACCGUGGCGGGCCCGCCAAGGAAUUGCACUUCAUGGCUCGCACUUACGAAAAUCUUCUGAGACUGGUGCAGAAUACGGAUCGCACGGGUGUAAGAGAAUUUCUGGAUGCGAGAGUUCCAGUGGACAAUGCAGUGAUCGCCGCCGCUGCCAAGACUGGUGAUUCUUACUUGGUCAACAUGCUAUUGGUAGAACUGCCUGAGAAGAAGAGAGGUCAAAAGCCGGAGAAGCCAUUACUCAGCGUAUUGGGAUCCUCACACUGGGAAAUGGUCAAGUCUCUCACUGAACUGGAUAAUUUCAACCCACUCUAUCGAAAUCGGCAAGGCAAAUCUUGGCCAGAGAUGGCCGAGGAGAGACACGGUCCAAACUGGCGACAGGAGCAGGAAUUAUUACAGCGUCUUUACGAUCAGCGAGCGUCUCAAAAGGAGCGCCGCAGUUCAAGUCCAGUCACCAAGAGAGACAGCGGGAAGCGUCGGCCCCGUCACCGGGCAGGACAAGAGGAUAGCGACGAGGAUGAAGCUCCAAGGCGAAAGAACGGGCGCAAAUUGAUGUCAAGACGGGAGUUGCGAGUGGCUAGAGGGAAAGCGGCGUCUGAUACGUCUUCAGACGAGUCAAGUUCGGAAAUGGCUACAGGCGCGGAAGAGACUCAGGGAAGCACGAUGAAACCCCCGGAGAGUCCAGCCUCCAAGCGCACGCCGACACGAUCUAGAACCAAAAGCUUUUCAGCGCAUCCUACCGAAGCAUCUCCAAGAGCUAGAAGAGCAUCCUUACGUGGGAACAGCGAGCAGCCGCUGCCUACACUCUCUGAAAAGACGGAGGAUGUCGAUACCAAAGACGGCUCGGGAACUCAUAGCGAAGAGGAGAGGGAACGCGCUGCUGAGCAAAGUCGUCGGAUCGCCACUCAACGGGAAGAGGAGGCUCGAGUCGAGGCUGAGGCUGCUGCAAAGCGUGCUGCCGAAGAGGAAGCGCACAAGGCAGAGGAAGAGCGCAAAGCCGCAGAGGCCCGCCGGUUGGAAGAGGAACGCAAGGCAGAAGAAGCUCGACGUGUCGAAGAAGAGCAGAAGCGAAUUGCCAGGGAGAUGGAGGAGGCGAAGAGAAGACACCGAGAGCGCGUUGUCAAGUCUCUACCGUCUUCUUUUUCUCAGGUUCUUGGGCCUACUUCUGGAUUUGAAUAUGAAGAGACCGCGCGAAGCCAUCUGGUCUAUCAUUUCACUCCUCUUCAAGUCGUACACAUCAACAGACAGGACUCUCCCGUGCACCAUACAGCCACGAGAGACGACCGCUUUUGGAUCAUCAAUGUCCAGGCGGCUCCCUUGCUCGGCAAACAUGGAAUGGAGCUAAUGCUGCGGCGCGACAUACCUGGGUAUGAAGGGAGUCUUGCGGACUCGUGGGAAACCAAGGAGGUAUACACUGACGAGCUGUCGGUGGUGGAAACCAUUUUGACAUCUCUGCCGCAAGCUCCGAUCCACUGCCCAGUUCCGCUUGACGAUAAGGGUCUCUCGAGCCUCCCAUUCGACGAUGAGCUAGCGAACAUCGCAGGCCGCAUCAAUGACACCGCCGGAGCCAAACAUCGACUUCGUACAGGCGACGCAGUUCUGCGAUAUGUCCGCCUCGACGACGUGCUCAAGAACAUGCAUUCGGUCUUGAAAGAUACUCCCAUCGAGGUGAGGUUUGAUUAUGCCGAGGCAUUGAGUUGGUCGAGCGAGACGAAGGACAAGGAGAGUUUUGUCGACAGGAUGGGUGCGUUGAUCGCCGAGCGACCGCGGCCGAGAUGGUACGUGAAUGGAGAGAUGACGGGUCUUGACAGCGCACCAGCAGUCAGGUCCAAAACACAAGUCACGGUGAUGCACUCGAAGUAG